AUUGGUAAUGUCUGCUAAUUUGUAUCACAAUCCGUAGUAUUCAAACAAUUAAAACCACUAAUCAUUUAUAUUCACAGAGCAAGAAUAUUAAAAUUUUACUAAACUAAUUAGUCGCUAACUUACAUACAUACAUAUUUAAAGAUGCCGUGACCCUAUAAUUAUUUCAUUAUAAGCUAACAUUUACCACAAUGCUCUUGCAAAACCGAAAAUAAUAUUUCACAUUAUUGUUGUACAUUACCGUUUACACCUUCUAAUUCUUAUCGCCAGGCGUAAAAUAAGGAGCAAUGUAUAUCAAACAUUACGAUUUGCCCGUACAUAACAACGCGCAUGAACGCGUUGCUACCCUGUUAGCUAGGGGUGACGGAUCAAAUAACCAGCUUAUACUCGUUCUCAUAUUACCAAUAAUUGUUACUGAUCAUAAGGUCACGAUACGCUGGUUCUCAUGAGAAUUUUAUUAGGGUUUCCAAUGGGAACAGUGGCCAGGGCUCUCUCUAGUCAGUUGAUUCCGAACUGUGUUUGGGCGAGCUCGCGCCCCUCGCUUUCAGUAACGGUACAAAGUUUCGUCAGUUCAGUUCAAGUCCAAAUAGGCCCCAGUGAAUUGUCAAACAUCUUGGAUAUUUGUUCUACUGCCAUUUUUGUGUUCGCCUUUCGGCUGCCCGGAUUUUUCACGUAACAAUUAAACCGAUAUCGAAAUGGAGCAGAUAAUAAAACACCUCGUAAUUAUGGCGGCUCUAACGAUCGCCCAGCCCGCCAUCACCGCCAAGGACGACCACAAAAUAGAGUUUUACCACAUACCAGUAUUCACCAACAUCUGUGACAUCGUCGACAGAAGAUCCUUAGUCCACUGCUACUGUGACAGUACCAAACCAAAGAUGGCUACCCGAGCAGACUGCUGGAUAUUUACAGGAGGAAUCACCCCGGAAGACCCUAUCUGGCCAAACUUCUCCUCCCAAUCUGAAUUAGAACACCUCAUGUUCAACGUUCGCUCAGAUGAAGCCCUAACAUUCAUACCGGCCAAAGCCAUCGUUAGGCUCGAAAGACUCAAACACAUAUCUAUACAAUUUGGAACGAUACAAAGUGUACCACCUUAUGCGUUCACCAACUCUUCAACUAUAAGACAAAUCAGCUUAAGAUCAAACAAAAUUUCUAUCCUGGAGCGACAUUCAUUCGCACAAAUGAUGAUGCUGUCCAAUCUAAGUUUGGACGACAAUCAAAUCACGGAACUAAGACGCGAUGUAUUCUUCGGACUACCUAAUUUACAUGUCUUACACUUAUCAAAUAAUAAUCUAAGUUUAAUCCACGAGGGAUGCUUCAAACAUCUGAACAAUUUAAUAGAGUUGAAACUUGAUUUGAAUUCCAUAUCAGUAGUUACGAGGGAAAUGUUUGAAGGACUGGAGAAUUUGUCUCGUUUAAAUUUGAGGAGCAAUCGUUUGACUAUGAUAGGUAAUUUGGCGUUUAGUGAGCUGUGGGGCUUGAAAGAUCUAAUGUUGGACAACAAUGCCAUCGAGUACGUAUCGGAACGUGCGUUCGGAGGCCUGACGCAGCUGCGGAAACUGACGCUCUCUGGGAACAAAUUGACGGCUUUCUACGAGGACAUUCUCGAAGACAUAAGGAGCCUAAUAGUAUUAGAUAUGAGGGACAACCUCCUGGAGUCGAUGUCUUAUGAAACCAUUAGGCCGGUCGUCGAGAACGGGAAAUCCGCUUCAAGAGCUGUUUACUUGGACGGCAACCCUCUUCGGUGCGAUUGCCGGCUCUCCUGGAUAUACCUUCUAAGAAACGAGACCAAAGACAACACCCUGAAGCACGCCCUCGAAAAAAUAUCGUGUGUCAGCGACACGGAGAAGCGACCAGAAAAAUCCAAUGAAAUUGAAGAAAACACACUCGCCGACGAAAAUUACGGCGAAGAAUAUUACGAUAAAAACGAAGAUUAUAUAAGCAAGGAAAAGUUAAAAGGGAAGUUUACUAAACUUACAGAUAUUCCACUAGAAACACUUCCAUGCCCGAAAGAGCUGCAGAAUGUAGAUGAGUCGUAUGGACAUCCGAUCCAGAAUGAAAUUAGAUUAAAAGCGUUCUCAAAAGCACGCUGCAUUGCACCUAGCUUGAUCUUCCUUUUAUUGAUUAUACUAAUUUAAAUUAUAAGAUAAAUUAAUGGCACACUAAAUAUAAUGAUGACUUAAUUUGUAUGUGGAAAUCGCUGUACAAACUUCAUAUAGAAUUUGUCAUGAUUUUUUGUGAUCUUGAUAUUUUCUAUCAAAGCUGUAAGGAUUUAAUUAUCAAAAGAUUUGCCUCGUUAAUAACCUCGUACACUCUCAACAAAAACCGUUUCAAAAAGAAAAUCUUUAAUUUGAGAGAUUCUUUAAAACAGCGCGUUUUGAAUAAGCUAAGAUAGAAUAACCGACCAAUUUCGAAUAACAACAACGCAGCAAGAUUGUUUGAAUCAAUAUUCCAAAAGGAAACAAAACUAAUUGUGAUAUUAGACGAUAUUCCCACCGUUCUUGCCGAUUUUGAUCGUUAGGGCGUAUUAACACUGAGUCAACAGCCUUAUUCAACGCGGCACGAGUAUAACACGCCAUUAAAGAUACGGCUGAAUGAGUUUCCUGAAUGGAAACGAUUUAAGCCCCUCUGCGUCACUGAGCAGCGUAUUGAUGAAUACCAAUGUUUGUAAUCAUGUAGGUGUAAAUCAAAUGUGUCAGAUUGGAAUAUUGUCCCCAUUUUGGUGUGCAAAAUGGUUACGUAUCCAGAACGUAUAGAAGUGAAACAUGAUGUCUUUAUUUGGCAAAUGCGAUGUUUAAGAAGAUUCCAACUAAACUACAUAUGACCUGUGUUUUGUUUCAAUGAUUAAAUAUCUAUUGAAGACAAAAUAUUAAGAUCCGUAUAAUUGGCAAAAGGCAUUUGUCGUUUAUAGAUAAAUAGGUACAUAGUCUGGCAAAAGUCACAUAGACGUAGGCUGAGAGAAACAUACUGUAUUUUCUAUAUGAUAGUGUUAUAAUCUACAAAUUUUAUGUUUGUAUUAGUUGUUUUUUUUACAACAUUCAAGAACACACAACAUAUUUCAUUAUAAUUAUUAUCAUACUAUCAAAAUGACGUUUAAUAUAAUACGUAAUGUGUUCGAAGUCGCUCGAGCACCUGACGGAUUAAUCCGUCAUCGACGGUUAGUGGUACGGUGUCGGGGAUGUAAUCUACCUUUGACGCAAACAACAGAUUAUAACGAAGGUUAAUUAGUUUGAUGUAGUAGUCAGGGGACCGAUUAGUGAACUAGUUCUCAUACAAUAUUGGCGAUGAAAUAUCACACUUAUCCGCCACAUCAGCCCCCGUCUAGACAAAAGCUCGUAACUAACAGGCCAAUUUCAACCUACUCCGACAUCAGAAUCUAACUGAUGUCAUUCAGUUAUCGUGCAUUUGAUGAAUUUCUCUCGUACUUCCAUACAUGAAUUGCCGCUUGAAUGCUUUAUAAUUAAGGCUCGGAACCGACUUUUAAAAUACCGGUAAAUACCUGGUUUAUUUCGGUUUUCCUCCGAACUUUUAUAAGAACACGAAUGUUUUAACAACUUUAUUGUAACCUAAAAUAACCGGUUUAUUCCACGACCGAGGCAACGGCCGGUCGGCCUGGUGGUGUGCCACGUAAACAUUGACACAACAUAGGAAGAAACCGUUUUUUUUGUUCAACACCGGUUAAUUUGUAAAGAAAUGAUCACAUAAAAAUAACGGUUUUUCGAGCGAAACCGAAUUUUAAAGGUUUUGUGCCAAGUAAGUUUCCGAGCCUCGUUUUUAAUCUAAUUUAAGGAAUAUAAUGUGUAAAACCAUUGUCUUAUUUGUCUUUCAAUAGUUUUCGUUUUAUGGUUACUUAAAUUACUGGGUCCAGUGGACCCCAAAGCAACUAAAUAUGUUUUAAGCUUGUCUUAUCAGCUAGCAAUAUUACUAAGUUUAUUAUAUGCAAAUAAUUGGACAUUUAACUGACGUCAACAGACACGUGCGGCCACAGCCCAAUAUCAAUCUUGGUGCAUUCCGAUAAGAUUCACGUUGACACGCCGCGCACGAUAGACAUGGCGUUCAAAGGAGGAAUGGUGGUAGUGGUUGCCUAUAACAAAAUUGAAAAACAUAGGUUCACCUUGACCUUUGCAAUGAUUGCUGGGCUAAAAUGGGGACAUAGAUUCCUGUGUAUAAAUCUCUUGUUAACUAUUGUAAAUAUUAAUGUUAAAUUCUAUGUAAUUAUAAAUAAAUUAUUAUAUGGUAAUGUUAGGAAUGUUAAUGUUAUGACUGUUGAUUCAUCUGAACCUGGCUUCAUUUUAUUCAAAUUAAUGUUAUUACUUAUAAGCACUUUUAUGUCAAUCGUUCAAAUAUUAUUAUCAUAUUGUUGUAAUAGAUAAGUCACUCUCAUCAUCCAUCAAAGAUUAAUUCCAUUAAUUAGUAUCACAUCUCAAUAAUAGUUCUAUUUAGGUACAAAUAUUGAUGUCAAUGAUCUCAUUUUGACGUUCGCCCGUGCAUUUUGCUCAUACAAAUACAUUGGAGUGAUGCGCUGCGACAUAUCAUCACCAUCAACAUAAUCAUCAUUAACAAUUUUUUUAAUCGAUUUUUUCCCGUAUUGUCCAUUAACAAUUGAAAAUCAAUUCUACGGCUUCAAAUAAUAUCAAACAUUGGAAACAUUAAGUCAAUGACUAAUGCAAUAGAUUGAUAUUUCUGCCUAAUGGAUCUAUAAACCAAAUGUACCUAUUCAAUUUACCAAUAAUUUCUUAAUACAGUUCACCAUUAAUUAUAUUUGUAUAGUAUUUCCAUUUAGUUUAAUGGUUUGAUCGCUUAGAUUUCGUGUAGCAUAAUCAAUUCUCAUUUACCGUGUGUGACUGUGAUUCUGUUGUAAUAAAUAUUUCUACCCGUAACCGAAGUUUUGUUUACAUCUACUUGUAUUUUACCAAUAUUUACAGUACAUUUAAGAAACUAUGUCCAAAAAGAAAAAAGUCAAAAAUUAAGAAAAAACCGGCCAAGUGCAGGUCGGAGUCGCGCAACGAGGGUUCCGUAUAAACCUAUAGAUAUAAUUAUAUAUUAUUAUAUAAUGUAACUAAAAAUUUACGGUUUUCGCAAUUGUUAUCUGUGCUAUAAGACGUUGCUUCGUAUGUACCAAAUUUCAAGAUUCUGAGUUCACGGGAAGUACCCUGUAGGUUUUGAUUCCCUUGCGAGAGUCGAAAAUUUGCGGCAUAAACGGCUGUAUCUUUUAAUGGCGUUGGCUUAGAAGUUUGAUUUUCACAACUCCAAGUGACAGUAGACCUGAGUAUUUGAUAUAAAUUCCAGGUUGAUACCUCCACGCGUUCCUGAGAAAAAGGGUCUCAACAGACAGACGGACGGAGUUUUUAUAUGAAGUAGCUGUCACAUAAAAUGUUUGUAGACAUUUUAGGAAGUUAAACACAUUAUUUUAUUUAGAAAUAUUACAUUUAAGUAAUGUUCUGCUGAUCAUUGAGCUAAGCAGAACAUAAUUUGAAAAACAAAAGCCGCCAGACUCCGUUGGCUCGGACAAGUAGUCCGGAUGGGUGAAGAUCAUACAGUCUGGAGUUCCAAAUGGUCGAAGACCGUCUGGAUGCCCUAGGUACCGCUGGAGAGACGAAGUGCAAAAAGACCUUAGCGAACUCGGCGCCGUUGACUGGACAGAAACGGUUUUGUACAAAGAAGCAAGGCGGUCUUUGUGUUGGUAGCCAAGAUUCACUUCGGGUCGCUGAGCCACACCAGUAAGUAAGUACAUUUAAGUAAUAAAAACAAGGUGAAAACACAUUUCUUAAUUUUUUAAGGGUUCCCCAAAGGGUACAACAGGACCCUGUCUGGUCUGGUCUGUCUGUCUCUGUCCAUCUGUCACCAAGCAUCACCAAGCUUUAUCUCAGGAACCCUUAUAGCUAACAGUUGGAAUUUCACAAAUGAUAUACUGUUGCCG